ACCUGCGUCUCACAUCACAGUCGCACACACACUGAGGAGACACAGAAGAAACAUUGUGAGGACACAGUGUGUGUAUCCACCAGCUGGUGCACACCACACACAUUUUUACAUCAUGUAUGAACAGCUACGUCACGUGUUUUUUUAUUUAAUAUCUGCAGACGGUUCAAGGAGCAGGUGCGCUGCCGGGAUUUUGAGUCUUCAUUUGUCUUGAAGGCUUUCACUGCGCCGCUGUUGUUUGUUGUCACUUCCGGGCGAGUCUGAAUUAGCAGAUCAUCACAUCGCCGGUGAAGAAGAGGAGGAAGAAGAAGUUGAUGAACAUCGAUGCUCCGUGCAGGCAGGAUGGAGGAGUUUGUGACGGAGGAAGAGGAGCCGUGGUACGACCAGAGGGACCUGGAGCAAGACCUGCACUUGGCAGCCGAGCUCGGUAAAACCCUCCUGGAACGCAACAAGGAGCUGGAGGACGCCCUGCAGCAGAUGUACAUCAACAACGAUGAUCAAGUGCAGGAGAUAGAGUACCUGUCGAAGCAGCUGGAAACGCUGCGGGAGAUGAACGAGCAGCACGCCAAGGUGUACGAACAGCUGGAUGUGACGGCCAGAGAGCUGGAGAUCACCAACGAGAAGCUGGUGCUGGAGAGCAAGACCUCGCAUCAGAAAAUAGACAGGUAUGAGGAUGGUUUCCUGCUGGCCAACCCGGGCAGUGUGGACCUGGCGGAGAGCCGGCCGCUGGACGAGGAGAACGAGAGACUCAGAGACAUCGUGUCCUCCCUACGCUCAGCUGUCUCUGCAGAGCGGUCCCAGCGGGAGGGCACGGAGCGGGAGUGUGCCUCCGUGCUGCAGGAGUUCGAGCGUCUGGAGCAGCGCCUCCUGGGAGCGGAGGGCUGCCAGCUGAGGGUCCAGGAGCUGGAGGCGGAGCUACAGGAGAUGCAGCAGCUCCGGAAGUCUAGGGUGUGUCUGAUUGGAGGGAUGGAGGACAGCCUGGAGACGCUGCUCAGCAACGGCCCCGAGACAGACACCCCGGAGGAAGGCGUGGGGCAGGAGGAGGGGCGGGGAGAGUCAGGGGGCUCGGGGCAGCAGGGGGGCCCGGUGAGGAAGAGCUGCAGCGACACGGCUCUGAACGCCAUCUCCGCCCGGGACGCUUCGGGCAGGAGGCAGGGCAGCUACGCCACACAUGCUAACGGCGUGCGGAAACGCGGCAUGUCCAUCCUGCGCGAGGUGGACGAGCAGUACCACGCGCUGCUGGAGAAGUACGAGGAGCUGCUGGGGAAGUGCCGGCGCCACGAGGAGAGCCUGUGCCACGCGGGGGUGCAGACCUCCAGGCCCGUGUCCAGAGACCCCUCCAUGAAGGACUACAGCAUGGUGAGCGCCGGGCCGUCCACAUCAGGGGCUGUCGCCGCCAUGCCCACGCCGCCUCAAACCCCCUCCACCCCGGAGGCCCUGGAGGGGAUCAGCCGGCAGGUGGAGCAGGUGGACAAACGCCUCAGCCAGAACACCCCCGAGUACAAGGCGCUGUUCAAAGAGAUCUUCAACCGCCUGCAGAAGACCAAGAGUGACGUGAACUCCAAGAGCAAAAAGGGUCACAAAUGAGAUGAAAACUGUGACUCCUGUUUUCAGGACUUCUUGUCUUACGUUUGACCACCAGUGACUUAAAGGGUGAAUACCUGCAGUCAUUGGUUGGGUAAUGCUUAUUGUUAGGGUGAAUGGCUGAUUUAACUGAAACUGCCAAAUAUCUCGACAUGAAGGAAGUUGAUGAAAUGCCUUUUUCUCAGUGACCUUAACUGAAGAAUAAUCAGGAGGAGAUAAGGACAGAUUAGUGAGUGAUGUAGUUUGUGAUUGAGAUGUGUUGAUGCAGGAAUUAUUUAACUUCUAUUUUUUAUUUAUGGAAACCAAUUAAGCCAAAUAAUAUAAAAAGAGAAACAAGCCGGCUUUGAAACUACUUACAGCAUUUAAAGCAUGCACCUGUCUAAUAAACACUAAGUGCUUAAUAAGUCUUUUAAAGCAGGAGGAAACAAACCACACGCUACUGAUCAGCUUGAGGCGCAACAGUGUGAUACUUUAGUGUGUUUGAAUUUGUUGGUUGAAAUCCUUCAGCUGCCAAAGUGUACUGUGCAUACGUGUUACAUUUGUUUACUUUCAUGGUUUAGUUCAACUUAUCUGGUGAAUGAGACGAGAUGCCUCUGGUGUUUUUACAGCAUGCAUUACGAACAGCAGGGAUUCGUUUGACAUAACAUUAUCAGUUCUACGCCAUACUACUACAUUGCCAUGUAAAAUGUUUUCUGUUGAUUAAAAUAAGAAACGUAUCAUC